AAUUUUAACGCGUGAGAAGGCUUUACAAACGACAUUAAACAGGAUUUGGCGGAAAAUAAAUCAAAGGUAGUAUGUACGUACAGAAACAUAAACACAGUAAUGUGACGGUGUGUACACAAAAUUGCACGUUUCACGCUUGAACAAACAAGUAGAAAGCUGAAUACUGCAGACCAAAAUACUCCUUGUAGCACGCUUCAAAUUUCGAAACUUUAUAAUCGUUUACGUUUCCAAAGAGCUUUUGAAAACAUUUCAUGGCUGCUCUAUCGCCUGAUAUGACAUGUUCACCAUAAUAUGACAGCGACUUUUCUUCAGUUGGACGAUCAUAAGCAUAAUAUUUUCUAUAAAAUUCUAGUUCUUUGGUGAAAAACCGCUGGCAAGUGUGCCAAAAGUUCCGGCUGCCGCCGGUGGCUAGCUCUUAAUUUGAUCCCUGAGAAGGGUAAACCUAUCGUCAUGAAGGCCAUUAAGAUCAAUGAAACUGGAGGUUUGUCUCAAUUGAAAUACGAAGAUGUACCAAUUCCAGAACCGCAGCACAGCGAGGUUUUGAUUAAGAAUCAUACAAGUGGUGUAGAGGGUGCAGGGGUUGUAGAGAAGCUAGGACCUGGUGCUGUUGGUGUGACUGUGGAUGAUCGCGUGGCUUAUUUUCAUCUUGGUUCAGGAAGUUUUGCAGAAUACAGCACUGUUCCAGUGGAUAAACUUGUCAAAGUGCCAUCAAACAUCUCUUUUGAACAAGCUGCAACAACCAUGAUUCAGGGUAUCACUGCUCAUUACUUGGUUCACACUGUGUACCUGGUGGAACCUGGUACCAAGGUGUUGGUACAUGCAGCUGCUGGGGGAACUGGAUCCCUAAUAUGUCAAGUGGCUAAAAAUGCAGGAGGUUAUGUCAUUGGUACAACAAGCACAAAAGAAAAAGCUACCAAAGCAAAGGCUUGUGGAGCUGAUGAAGUUAUUCUGUAUUCUAAUCAAGACUUUGUCCAAGAAGUCAACAGGAUCACGGAAGGUACUGGAGUCAACGUCAUUUAUGACGGGGUUGGAAAGACAACUUUUUACAAAGGUUUUAAAUGCCUUGCAACACGAGGUACCAUGGUCCUUUUUGGUGGUGCAUCUGGUUACCCAGAAUCCCUAGAGCUCAAUCUUGUUUCAUCUGGGUCUCACAGUCUCAUUCUUCCAAAGUUAUUCGACUACAUUGCAACGCCCGAGGAGUUGUCAUGGAGAGCUAAUGAUGUGUUUGAUUGGAUCACACAAGGAAAGAUUAAAAUGGAUAAUUUUACCGUGUUUACACUUUCAGAAGCAAAGAAAGCUUUUGAAAUGCUCGAAGGCAAGAAGACAAUUGGAAAACUCUUGCUUAAACCUUGAAACUGUCUUUGAAACUAUGUGUUCUGAAUGUUAUUAGCAAGCUUUCGAUGUUAGUAGAGCCAGCCAGUCAUGUGUUUUUUCAAUUGAUUCUAGUACAUUGAUAUUUAGAUAUUUUGUGGUACUCACAAAUUGUCAUCACCUCCCGAAAUGAAAUAAAUCAUAGUGUGGACCUUUAAAA